GAGAGAUCAUAGUCUUCUCCCAUGGCGGCUUCCCUUUGCUUUUUGCUUCUAAUUUCUCUCUCUCUGUUGUUGUGGAGUGCAGCCCCAGCCUCAGCUUCCUCCUUGCCCAAUUCAGUCCAAGAUCCUCAUCGUGUAGUUCAAGAAGUUGAAAGGAGCAUCAAUGUGUCGAGGAGGAACCUAGGGUAUUUCUCAUGCGGAACGGGAAACCCAAUAGACGACUGCUGGAGGUGCGAUCCGAAUUGGGAGAGCAAUCGAAAGCGACUGGCGGACUGCGCGAUCGGAUUCGGAAAGAACGCAAUGGGAGGAAGAAACGGGCGGUUCUACGUGGUGAGUGACGCGGGAGACGACGAUGCAGUGAACCCGCGGCCGGGGACACUCCGGCACGCGGUGAUCCAAAACGAGCCGCUGUGGAUAAUCUUCAAACGGGACAUGGUGAUACGGCUGAAACAGGAGCUGGUAAUGAACUCGUACAAGACCAUUGACGGGAGAGGGGCGAGCGUACACGUGGCAGGAGGGCCAUGCAUCACCAUCCAUUACGCGAGCAACAUCAUCAUCCAUGGGAUCCACAUACAUGACUGCAAGAGAGGGGGGAAUGGUAACAUACGGGACUCCCCACAGCACUCGGGGUGGUGGACCGUAUCGGACGGCGAUGGAGUGUCCAUUUUUGGCGGGAAACACAUCUGGGUGGAUCACUGUUCUCUGUCCAAUUGCAACGAUGGAUUGAUAGAUGCGAUCCAUGGGUCCACUGCCAUCACCAUAUCCAAUAACUACAUGACACAUCAUGAUAAGGUCAUGCUGUUGGGGCAUAGCGAUUCAUACACGCAGGAUAAAGAUAUGCAGGUUACCAUUGCCUUUAACCAUUUUGGAGAGGGCCUUGUCCAAAGAAUGCCAAGAUGCAGACAUGGGUAUUUCCACGUGGUGAACAACGAUUACACGCACUGGGAAAUGUACGCCAUCGGAGGGAGUGCAUCGCCGACCAUAUACAGCCAAGGCAACAGAUUYGCGGCGCCGGACAACCGCUUCCGGAAGGAGGUGACGAAGCACGAGGACGCGCCGGAGACCCAGUGGCGCCACUGGAACUGGCGCUCCGAGGGCGACCUGCUCUUGAACGGCGCUUACUUCCGCCAGUCCGGCGCCGGCGCCGCCUCCAGCUACGCCAGAGCUUACAGCCUCAGUGCAAGACCCUCCUCCCUCGUCGGAUCCAUCACCCUCACCGCCGGCGCCCUCAACUGCCGAAGAGGCUCCCGCUGCUAGAUAUAUUAAUUAUUAACUGCAGGUAGCUACAACGAAGAGCCAAAAGAGAAAUUGGUAUUAUUCUUCGUUUAUAUCUUAAAACAAAGCCUUUUUUUUUCUGUUUUUUUGUUUGAAUUAUUCUCUGUCGUUUUCCUUCCAAUUUUCUGGGUUACCAAACGGAAAACCGUAAUAUAUUUGGUUCCACUUUCGGAAGAUUGUGAGUGUGAAAGCUUAAUUAAGUAUGAGAAAAUGUGGCGUCUCCAAUCACGCUAGGAGGAAAAAAUAUGUAGUCUUUUUCUUUACCCGUCAAUCAUGCCACAUUUUGAUAUUUUUG